ACUCGCCGGCCAGCAGACGAACGUUUGUUUUUCUCGCGCUUCGGCGACUAUUCGGGAAAUAUCCGCGGUCACGGAGGUCUACUGCGAGCAUUCGAGAAUAACACUCGUGGAAACGUCCGAUCUUUUCCACGCCGGUUCUCCCACCGCCGCGUGUUUCUCUACGUUAACGCGUGCCGUCGACACCGAGAGCAGUGAGUCAGUGGUGCGCGGGCCUUCGUGGCGCGAGGACGUGCGCCCUGCUCAAUCUUGCCGCUUUGUGGACGCGCGUGCUCGUUCAUUUACCUCGUGUGAGUGCGUGUAAUCACAGAAAAAAGUACUCUCAUUGCGAAUGGUCUCCAAAAAUCCCACUUAUCCACCGCGAUAGACGAUCUUGGACUAAUUUUAUCAUUCUCUUAUGGUCUCUUCGAUCGUGUCGAGAAGAUCUAUGGCUAGAUCAACUAUGUCUCUUCGUUGGCUAGGGGCCAAGAAUCACCAACCAGCCAUGAGAGUCGAGUAGUCCGGCGAACACCACUCUUCCAUAAGCUCCACUUAAAGCACCCAUUACCAGACUGGAAGGAAGCUGCCACAUCGCGACGGAACAGGGAAGGAGCGAGGCGGCCGUAGAGACAUCGAGGGUGGCUCGCGUGCCAAGAAGAUGCGACUGUUCGCGUGGCCUGGCAGCGUGACUCGCGGCGGACUCAUAAACGAUGAAUUGGCGGGCAGCGAUGUUGGCUCAGCCGAGAAACGCGGCAGCAGCAGGAGCAGCAGCGGAGGAGGCAGCCACGGCAGCCAGCAAAUCGGCAGAUUGGACGCGCGAUCGGGCGAACAGCACGAGGACACCAUCGGCUGGGCAUGUACGUCAUCUACCCGGCGGACGAGUUGCUGCGUAUCUAUGAGAACCCAGUCCGUGAUCCUAGUCCAGUGUUGACCGGGGAUCAUCCGGAGAGCUGUCAGGUGACCGUAAUCGCUGUGAACGAGAGAAACGACCGCCCCGUCGCCGCCGGCCACGAGGGCAAGAAGAAGAAGGAGAGAAGACGGGAACGCGGGCAAACGCGAAGGAGGAGAGCGAGCCGUAACGAGGCUUCGCGUAGUUACGAGGUCGCGAAGAGUACUCGUCACGAGCAACACGUCAGGACUAUGCAAAACAGUCGCGCUGGCGCCGGCGAGGAUGCCGCCAAUCCUCUCAAGGACCUCACGCAGCCCGGGCUCAACGAACCGCUCAAGCAGCACAAUAGCGCCGCGCUCAAGCUCGUGCAGACCGUUUCAGAGUUCGCCCAGGAGCUGGGCGCGGCUAUGGAAAGCCAUUCAGCGAACGUACGACGCCUUGUCGACGAGUUUCGAAGUCGGUCUGGAGACACUAGGGUUGAUACCGGCGGGAUGCGACGAGUUUGGGAAAGUUUACUACGUCAGGUGCAGUCAGAUGCAGAAGCUCACUUAGACCUGGCCGCAGUUCUUCAACAGCAGUUGUCUAGACCCACCUUGGAAGCCAGCUUCCACCGUAAACUCCAGUCUAGGAAGGUGUUUUCGCAUCGGGAGGCCUACGAGCAAGUGAUCGUGAAGACCGAGGAGAAGCUGCAACGUGCCCGGGCGGAUUAUAAGCGUGCUUACGCCGCGGUUUUGACGAUAGAUGGCGGAAGCGAGCAGGAACUGAAGCGCGCCUACUACGAGGCGCACAAUGCUUACGUUCUUCAAUUGAGGGCCACGAAUGCCAUCACGGAACGGUACCAGUCACAAUGCCUACCCACUCUGCUCGGCGAAAUAGCGGAAGUGUACGAGGAACUAUGCGGAUUAGCUUGCAAAUGCGUGGCCGGCAUAUCGGAAGCGGCCGCGGAGCGCGCUGGGGAGCAGGCGAAGCGUUAUCUGGCGGUCGUGAAGGAGGCUCAGGUUGUCGCGCCGCUGAAUGACCUGCAAGUUUUGGCACGAAGCCUAGGAGCCACCGCGACCCCAUCGAAGAAGCCCCCCAGGCGGCUGUUCGUGACGCCAGGUCCUCCCGAACAGGUUCCCAUGGAAAGAAUCAGUCAAAUACCGACCCUGAGGGACGAACUGGCCCCAACAGGAACCAGCACUCUACCCCUGAUGGAGGAUUUACGACGAGAGCACGACAGUCUCGCUCAAGAAAUCACUCGACUCCAGGACGCCUUGGACGCGUUGACCCGCAUGCAAAGAAAGAGCGCCGAAAGUAAUCUUUACACGAAAGUGGCCGAGUUGCAGGAAGACAUUUCAAUGAAGCGUUUCGAGCUAGGAGAGGCGCAACUAUACCUCGCAGCUGUGCAAGCGCAGAAAGAGCUGUUCGGGGCUGGAGAAGCCGGUCAACCGGAUGGGGUGAGCAGCCGGAAGAUGUCGAAUGGCUCGACCGGAAGUACCAAGCACAAAUGGUUGAAAGCGUUCAAGAGCUUAAAGACCAGCUCCCCAACGACUCCGCCGUCAGCUGACAAAGGAAAACAGGCGAUGUACCAUGCUGUUUCUACAGUCGUUGCCAUGUCCAGAAAAAGCCUAGAGUCCGAGGGUGGCCACUCUUGGCGCGAAUACACAUACCGAAAGAUCACACCCUGUGAUGCAUGCGGCCAAGUGCUGCGUGGCCACAGUCGCCAGGGUGUCAGAUGUCGUGGCUGCAAAGCGAACGCUCACACCGACUGCAUUAACCUGGUGCAACCGGCCAUGUGCCCUAGCCUAGCACCCAAAAAGAGCGGCGGGAUUCCCCUUCUCCGCCGGCAGAAGACCCAGGCUCAGGUGGACGAGACCGCAGCCGCAGAGUACAACGUGGACGCCAUAUACCAGGUGCUGAAGCAGGCAGGCGAGAUUCGUGGAAACUCGACAAACUCACCACCUACGCCUCCCACAGCAGAUCAUCCUCCAGCACCUUCGUCAGCGAGGGCCUCCUCCCACCCCUGUUCCUCGUCCACCUCUGCGCCGCAUAGUCCACAACGUAGACGCGAGAGGCUGAACCUGAGGAUGAAGAGUCUCAGUUUGGAUUCUCCAGAGGGCACUGCUCACGUUCGACAUCGUCCACGAGAUUACUAUAGCGGUGGCCAAAGGGAGUCCACUCCACCCAGACACUCUGACAGUGGAAGCAUCAAUAGAUUAUCACCAUGCAGUCCAGGCCAGGGCCAUAGCGUCCAUAAGCAUAUCAGGGGAGCCAUCAGGAUGUCCAGCAUGGAGCUACCAGAUGAGAAUGAAAAGUCCUAUUCGUCGGCGAGCACCUCUCCUUGUCCCUCACCGCACACCAACAAUCAGAAUCACAUGAAUCCACCUGGAAAACGUGUUCUACCUCCCAAUAACCUAUAUGUGGUACUGUACAACUUUGAGGCGCGACAUCGGGACGAAUUGGACUUGAAAGCUGGUUACAAGGUGACGGUUCUCGACAAAUCAGAGAAGGAUUGGUGGAAGGGGAAGUGUCUGGGUGGCCGAGUAGGUUACUUCCCUAGUGCAUAUGUCAUGCGAGUUGAAUCUGGACAGAAGACGCUUCAAGUUACUCGCAACCUGCAGCUGACCGACCAAAUUACCCUGUUACGUGAUCAGAUUGUGAUUCAGGUUGGCGAAGAGGUAGAUGGCGUUGCGAUGGUUCGCUGCGCCGCAGACGUCAGAUCAGCGGACCACACGGGCAAAGAGGGUGAAGUUCUAUACAAGGAGACCCUGUGCCCAUUGAAGUAUCUCCAGGAAGUGUGACAACAGCCUCGCCAGCCAAGCGAGCGGCAGAAUCGCGCGAAUCUUCGUGAGCGAUUCUCCGCUUCAGCGCGGC